GUUGCUCCAUAUCCCGCCCCCACCAUGGCGGCGCCCAGCUCUUUGGUUCACCACCUGCUUCUGCUCCAGCUCUAAUUUUAGCCUUGCCGGGGUCGGCGGGACCAUGGACGCGCCGGGCUUCAUGGCGUCGCUGGUGGCUGGAGGAGUAGCGGGUGCCUCUGUUGACUUGAUCUUAUUUCCUCUGGAUACUAUUAAGACAAGGCUGCAGAGUCCCCAAGGAUUCAACAAGGCUGGUGGUUUUCGUGGAAUCUAUGCUGGCGUCCCUUCGAUCGCUGUUGGCUCCUUUCCUAAUGCUGCUAUGUUUUUUCUCACCUAUGAAUAUGUGAAAUGUUUGCUGCACGCUGACUCGGCUCCACACGUCAGGCCCGUGAAGCACAUGCUGGCCGCCUCCGCGGGAGAAGUGGUUGCCUGCUUGAUUCGAGUUCCUUCUGAAGUGGUUAAGCAGAGGGCACAGGUGUCUGCUUCUUCAAAAACCUUGCAGAUUUUUUCUACUAUCUUAAAGGAAGAGGGCAUCCAAGGACUGUACCGAGGCUACAGAAGCACAGUGUUGAGAGAGAUUCCUUUCUCCUUGGUCCAGUUUCCUUUGUGGGAAUCCCUGAAAGCCCUCUGGUCGUGGCGGCGGGGUCAUGUGGUGGAUUCUUGGCAGUCAGCAGUCUGCGGAGCUUUUGCAGGUGGUUUUGCAGCUGCAGUUACUACCCCUCUGGAUGUGGCUAAGACAAGGAUCAUGCUGGCAAAGGCGGGCUCCAGCACUGCUGAUGGGAACGUGCUCUCUGCCAUGCACGGGGUGUGGCGCUCACAGGGACUAGCGGGGUUAUUUGCAGGUGUCUUCCCACGAAUGGCAGCAAUCAGUCUGGGAGGCUUCAUCUUUCUGGGUGCCUAUGACCAGACCCGCAGCUUGCUGUUAGAAGUGGGCAGGAAGAGCCCGUGAAGUGGACACUGUGCGUCCUUGGAGAAGAGGACUGCUGUGCAAUCCCUGUCCUCCCGUGACUGGCUCAGUCAUCCAAGCAAGGAAGUUGACGCUGCAGCGUGGUGCCUUAAGGAGUGCAGCCCUGAGUGUCGUCCAAGGCACAGGCUGCCCGAGGAAGCUGUCCUGGGUGGGCCUUCGGAUCAGCAUCUCAGACCCCUCAAUAAAUCCUCUUGGUGAGCUUA